AUGGAUGCUUCCCGUUUUCACGGUCUUGGGCUUCUACCUAUUCUUCUCCUUCUUUUGGUACUCGUCUCCAACCAAUGGCUGGCCAAGAAGUCUAAGUCGGCCAAAAGAAGAAACCAGGCUCCUCGGCCGGCCGGCGCGUGGCCCGUCCUUGGCCACCUCCCACUUCUCGGCUCUCACAACAACAUCGGCCGGGCGCUAAAAGCGGCGGCGGAUGCGGCCGGGCCUGUCUUCGCACUACGGCUGGGCGCGAGGCCAGCACUGGGUGUCAGCACUCGGGAGGCAGCCAAGGAGUGCUUCACCGCCAACGACAAGGCCCUCGCCGGCCGACCCCCGACCGCUGCGAGCAAGCUCAUGUGCUACAACAACGCCAUGGUGGGCUUCUCGUCCUACGGACCAUACUGGCGCCGGAUCCGCAAGAUCCUGACCCUGGAGCUCCUCUCUCACGCCCGGCUAGGCUCCCUCGCUCACGUCCGGGCCUCGGAGAUUCGUGAUUUCGCCAGGACCCUCUACGGACUUUGUCGCGACGGCGAUGGGGGCCCGGUGAGGGUGGAGAUCAUCAGCAAGUGGUUCCAGGAGCUGACGUUCAACGUGGUAGUAAGGAUGGUGUCGGGGAAGAGCAGCGAGGCUCGGAGGUUCACCGGAGCGAUGCACCGGAUGAUGGAGCUCUUGGGAGCGUUUGCGAUCUCCGACGUGGUGCCGCUCCUCAAGUGGAUGGAUUUGGGCGGCUACGAGAGGGCGAUGAAGCGCAACGCGGCUGUGAUGGACUGCAUCAUCGGAGGGUGGUUAAGGGAGCACCGAGAGAGGAGGAUACAAGGACGGGGUGACGGCAUGCAGGACUUCAUGGAUGUCAUGCUGUCGAUAAUGGAGAAGGAAGGGGAGCUGUUCUCCGACCACGAUCCGGAUACUGUUAUCAAGGCAAAUUCCCUGGCUCUGAUCUCAGCUGGCACGGACACGACAAGCGUGACGAUGACCUGGGCCCUGGCCCAAGUGCUGAACCAUCCCCGCGUUCUAAAGAAGGCCCAAGAAGAGCUGGACGCCCACGUGGGCAUGGGCCGGAACGUGGAGGAGUCGGACGUGGAGAAGCUGGCCUACCUGCAAGCCAUCGUGAAGGAAACGCUCCGGCUGUACCCGCCCGGUCCGGUCCUGAUCCCCCACCAGGCCAUGGAGGACUGCGAGGUGGGCGGCUGCGACGUGCCGGCCGGCACGCAGGUGCUGGUUAACGCAUGGGCGAUCCAGCGCGAUCCACAGGUGUGGCCGGAGCCGUCAGCCUUCCUGCCGGAGAGGUUUCUGACGAGCCACAGGGACGUCGACGUCCGGGGAAGACGCUGGGAGCUCCUGCCGUUCGGGUCGGGCCGGCGGGCGUGUCCGGGGGCGUCGUUCGCGCUGCAGGUCAUGCACCUGACGCUCGCCCGCGUAAUUCAUGGGUUUGAUCUGGAGACGCCAACAGGCGGACCUGUGGACAUGACGGAGGGCAAGGGUGCGAGCCUACCCAAGGCUACGCCACUGGAAGUCCUCGUCACCCCACGGCUACCUCCGGCGAUCUACCAAUGA